AUGGCGUUAUCGCCGCUGCCGGGCAAGGGUGACGACCAGCUGCCCGGACGCGUCGGCAACGGCGACUGCACGUUCUACCGCGCCGAGCAGUACGUGCCAGGACCUCGUCCAGAGUGGUGCCCUGGUUUGGAUGCUACCUCCGUAGCGACAUCCGUCAGCUGGAGUGAAUCCGGCCCAGGUGCCUCGAGUGAACUCACUGAGGCAAGCUCCUUAGCGAUAUCCGGCAGCUCGAGUGAAUCCAGUCCAGGGGUCCUGAGUGAACUCAGCGAGCAGGUAGUUUCAAGGUUGCGUAGGAGUGUUGUGUCGCUUGCUUCAUUCGAUGGUGAUACCAAGUUACGUGAAUGCACAGGCACAUGCAUGGGAAGCUCAUGUCCUGAUGCCACGUGUUUACUGGCAUCGAUAAAUUUGAUUCCUUAUACCUGGCGUCUAAGGAAGAUCACCGAAAGUUUGAUGAUUAAAGUACGCCUUCCCGAUGAUCAGAUUGUCACUGGGUGGAUAGAGAAUCCUGAGUUAUAUGUUCAUUUUUUCAUAGUCAAAAUCAAGAAAGUUGAUGUUAUUGAUCCCACCCAUCUAUAUCAUCUAAGUCUUGAUCGUGCCAUGCAGUUUGAGCCUUAUAGGAAGGUAGUAGCUGUAUGGCGCUAUUAUGAUUCAGGAGAAUUAAAGACGAGAAGCGGAGUAGAUCUUGCCUCUGUAUUUUCUCAUACCGAUGAGAGGAUGUUAAGCACAUGCCGAAUCCAUGAGGUGGGGAUUGGAGGUCCCCUUGUUGAUUUUGAUGGCAACUUUGUCGGGAUGAACUACUCUGGUACCAAGGAACGAAAGACCCCCUAUGUACGAAGGCCUUCAAUUCGUGAAUUCAUGUGGUUUCGCGGGAUGGUCAGUGUUAAGGAAGAGGUUGAUGAAGCUGUAUCAACGAGAAUUAAAGGUCGUUAUGGAGACUCAGGUUUCCUCAUGGCAGGAGGCGGGCAAUACAUAAAUCGUCUUGACGAUAUGUUCAAGAAGGAUAUCCUGAGGAAACCAUUAGAAGGUUUUGGUUCAGAAAUGGAUCGAAGUGCCUACUCACUUGCUUCAGAAUCAAGCAAACGUCUUGCUUCAGAAAUGGAUCGUAGUGUUGUCUCACUUGCCUCAUUCAAUGGAUUUGCAAAGAAGUUUUCUUGCACAGGUGUAUUUAUAAAGGGCAAAAAAUGCUCUGCAACAAUUCUGACUUCAGCAAGUUUGGUUAGAGUUCCUGGCAGUGCACACAUGAUUGAUGAUAACUUAUGGAUUGAAGUUUGCCUUCCAGGCGGAUUUCGAGUUGUAGGGAUAUUGAACUGUUAUAAUUUACACUACAAUGUUGCUCUUGUUGACAUCAUGGGAUUCUGGCGUCCUCGUACAAUAAAAAUCCAUGGGCAUCCAGUUACCUCAUCUAUGGACGUAAUAGCUGUGGGUAGUCUUUUUGCGCGUCGCAAACUAAUGGCUGUUGAGGGGAAGGUGUUGAUUGGCAAACAAAGCAAACUUGAUUGCAAAGAGCUUUGUGUCUCCACCUGUGAAAUCACCAAGGCUGGGAUUGGAGGGCCUCUUAUUGACAAUGAUGGGAAUUUUGUUGGAAUGAACUUUUAUGACGAGGAAGAAACUCCGUUCCUGCCGAGGGAUGUUAUUCACCGCCUCUUAUUGAACUUCAAUAAAACACGUGCAGAUGGUACUAUUGCCGAGAGUGUUGAAAACAGAUGGUUGUUGCCUGGUGGGACACACGGAAACACUGAAUCUAUUGCAGCAAUUGAUGGAAACAAAUGGCCGUUGCCCGAGCCACGCUUCCUUCGUUGUAGAGACAUCCGUUUGCCACUUCAGAAAUGGCCUCUGCGUCGCCGAAGGCCUCUGCCUGUGUGA